AAACAAAAAAUAUAACAGAAUAAACAACAUGUCAGCCGACUCGGAUAUGGAAUAUUCUGAUAAUGAUUGUGAAUAUGAUGAUUAUUAUAAUUCAGGUGAAGAUUGUGAUGUCGAACAUUUAGAUCCCAAGAAAACCGAUCCAGAGUAUUUUGAAUACGAAUGCCUAACCGUUGAAGAAGUAGAAAAAUUACUUAACGAAUCUGUGGAAAAACUAAACACAAUAUUACAAAUAACACCGUCAUUGGCAAAGGUGCUACUGCUCGAACAUCAAUGGAUCAACCAGGUGGUCGUUGAUAAAUAUCGCCAGAAUGCCAAUUCACUAUUGGUGGAGACUCGCAUCAAACCAGCUUGCAAUAAUACAGAUCCCUCGUUAGAAGUAGAUAAUGUGGCGGCAACAACAAGUGCUGCGGCGGCUGCAGAAUCUUCUUCCAUAGCAUUAUCAUCAUCACCCACAAAUGUUGGUGCUGGUGUUGUCGCACCACAAUCAUUGGGUACCCUAAGUACUUAUAGUAAAUCUCCAACUACCACACCCACAACCAGUAACAGUAGCAGUAGUUUGUCACGCAGUCAAAUGAUGUGUCCCGUCUGUGCAACAGUCCAGCAAGGUGAUAAAUUCUACAGUCUAUCCUGUGGCCAUUCGUUCUGUAAGGACUGCUGGUCCAUGUAUUUUGAAACUCAAAUAUUCCUAGGAAUUUCCACUCAAAUCGGUUGUAUGGCUCAAAUGUGCAAUGUUCGUGUUCCUGAAGAUCUGGUGCUUACCCUGGUAACCCGCGCUGUGAUGCGUGAAAAAUACCAACAGUUCGCUUUCAAAGACUAUGUCAAGUCACAUCCGGAAUUGCGUUUCUGUCCCGGUCCCAAUUGUCAAAUUAUUGUCCGCUCCCGCGAAAUCGCCCCCAAGCGUGCCGUCUGCACCUCAUGCAGUACAUCGUUCUGCUUCAAAUGUGGCAUGGACUAUCAUGCGCCCACAGAUUGCCAGGUGAUACGAAAAUGGCUAACGAAAUGUGCCGACGACAGCGAGACGGCCAAUUACAUCAGUGCCAAUACCAAAGACUGCCCCAAGUGUCACAUUUGCAUCGAAAAGAAUGGCGGCUGCAAUCAUAUGCAAUGUUUCAAUUGUAAAUAUGAUUUCUGUUGGAUGUGUUUGGGCGACUGGAAGACACACGGUUCGGAAUAUUAUGAAUGUUCACGAUAUAAGGAUAAUCCAAAUAUUGCCAACGAAUCAGUGCAUGUACAAGCCAGAGAAGCCUUAAAGAAAUACCUCCAUUACUACGAACGUUGGGAGAAUCAUUCGAAAUCGAUGCAAUUGGAACAGCAGACAUUGGAUCGUUUACGUCAGCGUAUCAAUGAGAAAGUGAUGAAGGGUCGUGGCACCUGGAUCGAUUGGCAAUAUUUGUUUAAUGCUGCUGCACUAUUGGCCAAGUGCCGUUAUACAUUGCAGUAUACCUAUCCAUAUGCGUAUUUUAUGGAGAGUGGUUCACGCAAGGAUCUCUUUGAAUAUCAACAGGCCCAACUUGAAGCUGAAAUUGAAAAUCUCUCGUGGAAAAUUGAACGGGCCGAAACGACAGAUCUGGGCGAUUUAGAAAACCAAAUGGACAUUGCCGAAAAACGGCGUACAACAUUGCUCAAAGACUUCUUCCCCGUUGAAGCUUAA